UCGCCGGUUCCACAUCAUCACUGAACUCCGAAGAUCAAAAAUGCACAUCAUGAGGAGAGACAAGAAGGAGGAGGAGGAAGGUGGUGGAAAUCCAUUCCACAACUUGGAGAAAACAGCAGUGCUCCAGGAGGCCAGGACAUUUAAUGAGACUCCAAUCAAUGCCAGAAAGUGCAGCCAUAUUCUGACUAAAGUUCUCUACUUGAUUAAUCAGGGAGAACAGAUCGGAUCAACAGAAGCUACUGAGACUUUCUUUGCUAUGACAAAGCUUUUUCAAGCCAAGGAUCCCAUUUUGCGAAGACUGAUGUACCUUGGAAUAAAAGAAAUGUCCAAGAUUGCUCAAGAUGUGAUCAUUGUUACUAGCAGUUUAAUGAAGGACAUGACAGGAAAAGAUGACCAGUUUAGGGGACCAGCCAUCAGAGCUCUCUGUUCAAUCACUGAUAACACUAUGCUACAGAGUAUUGAGAGGUAUAUGAAGCAGGCCAUAGUGGACAAGAACCAUGCUGUAUCUAGUGCAGCUCUUGUCUCCUCUUUGCACCUGAGUAAAGGAAGCUCUGAGGUGGUCAAGCGAUGGGUGAACGAGGCACAAGAGGCAGUGUCCAGUGAUAACAUAAUGAAUCAGUACCAUGCUUUGGGUCUUCUUUACCACAUUAGAAAAUAUGAUCGUCUUGCUGUCACCAAAUUAGUCAGCAAGUUCAGCAAGCACUCUCUUAAGUCACCAUAUGCCUACUGUCUACUGAUACGUAUUGCCAGUAAACUGAUGGAAGAGGAAGGUGCAGGGACAGAAAGUCCAAUGUUUGACUUUAUUGAGAACUGCCUUCGACACAAGAGUGAGAUUGUCAUCUAUGAAGCUGCUCAUGCUAUUGUGAAUUUGAAGAACACCUCGGCUAAGGAGCUGGCUUCUGCUAUCCCAGUUCUUCAGUUGUUCUGUAGCUCACCAAAGCCUACACUGAGGUUUGCUGCCAUUAGAACUCUUAACAAGGUUGCAAUGAAGCACCCAGCUGCAGUGACAGCCUGUAAUAUGGAACUGGAGAAUUUGAUCACAGACUCCAACAGAAGCAUAGCCACACUGGCCAUUACAACAUUACUCAAGACUGGGAAUGAGAGCAGUGUGGACAGGCUGAUGAAACAAAUCUCAAGUUUUAUGAAUGAAAUCUCUGAUGAAUUCAAGAUAGUUGUUGUACAGGCCAUUCAAUCACUGUGUUUGAAGUUCCCAAGAAAGCACAAUGUGUUGAUGAACUUCCUGUCUUCUAUGCUUAGAGACGAGGGAGGUUUUGAAUACAAGAAAGCCAUCUGUGACAGCAUCAUCACAAUCAUCGAGGAAAAUGCUGAUGCCAAAGAAGCAGGUUUGGCUCACUUGUGUGAAUUCAUUGAGGACUGUGAACAUACUGUCCUGGCAACCAGAAUCUUACACCUGCUUGGGAGGGAAGGACCCAGAACUCCCACCCCCUCCAAGUACAUCCGCUUCAUCUACAACAGGGUCAUCCUGGAGCAUGCCCCAGUCAGAGCAGCUGCAGUGUCGGCUCUGGCUAAGUUUGGAGCUCACUGUGAGGAACUGUUACCUAGCUGUAUUGUACUCUUAGAGAGGUGCCUGUUGGAUACAGAUGAUGAGGUUAGAGACAGAGCCACCUUUUAUGUCCACGUCCUCCAUCAAAAACAGAAAGCUCUCAACUCUGCCUACAUACUUAAUGGUUUACAGGUGUCUGUUGUUGGACUAGAGAGGGCACUCCACCACUAUACAUUGGAACCCUCGGAACAACCAUUCGACAUGAAGUCUGUACCACUGGAGACCCAACCCAUCACAGAACAGAAAGCUGUGAGAGAACCAGGUGACACUGCAGCACCUAAAGCAGAAAAAGUGGCAGCUUCCAGACAAGAUGUUUAUGCUGAACAAUUGAGAGCCAUACCAGAGUUUGCUAAUUUGGGAAACUUGUUCAAGUCCUCUUCUUUACCUGUGGAGCUGACGGAGUCAGAAACAGAGUAUGUGGUACAGUGUAUCAAACACACCUUUGGGCGAUACAUUGUAUUCCAGUUUGACUGUACUAACACUCUGAAUGACCAAGUCCUGGAGCGUGUAACUGUCCAGAUGGAGCCAGCUGAGGGCUUUGAGGUUCUGAAGAUGAUUCCUUGCCCCUCCCUGCCAUACAAUAAACCAGGGACCACCUACACAAUGGUCAGACUACCCGAGGAUGCUCAGCUAGUAACUGGAACAUUUAGCUGUGUCCUGAAGUUUAUAGUAAAGGACUGUGACCCAAAUACAGGAGAACCAGAUGAUGAGGGAUACGAGGACGAAUAUGUCCUUGAGGAUGUAGAGGUCACUGUGGCUGACCAUGUACAGCGAGUUAUUAAACCAAACUUUAGCGCCUCCUGGGAGGAAGUUGGCCCAGAAAAUGAAUUGGAGGAUACAUACGCCUUGUCUACAGUUAAGACUUUGGAAGAUGCUGUGAAGCAGAUAAUACAGUUUAUGGGUAUGCAGCCAUGUGAGCGAUCUGAUAAGAUUCCAGAGGGUAAGAGUUCCCACACCCUGUACCUGGCAGGGGUAUAUAGAGGGGGACAUGAUGCGCUUGUACGGGCCAAGCUGGCCCUAUCAAAUAACGGGGUCACCAUGCAGUUAACUGUCAGAUCAACUGAUCCUGAUGCUUCAGAAGUCCUAGCUACAGCCAUUGGUUAAUUGUGUGUGCUUAAAAACAAUAACUCAUAAAAUUUUUGGAAAUGUUUAUUAUAAUAUGAAAAAAUAUAAGAAACAUUUGAGAUUGAAUUAAUAGAAAAUAUAUUUGUCAUUUUAUUCUUAUUGUUGUUGGGAUAUAAUGUAUACAAAUAAAAGUAUCAUGUCUGUG